UUUUUUUAGGAGAUUAUUGUUAUUUUAUUUUAUUUUUUAAUUUUUUUCGGUUAAUGAUUUUUUUAAAGAGAACUGUUGGUACGAAGGCUUUGAGGUCAGAAUCAAUUAUGUCCGUUCAAGAUAUAGCAGUUCAAUUGCAGGCUUUACUAAAUGUUAAAGAUUCCAAUAAGGUACAACUUAAGCAAGCAAUUUUUCAAUGUCUCUUACUUUUGAAUAUAUUGACAAGUAAUCAUUUGGACUUUACUUAUCUGCUGGAGGAUAGGGAAAGAUUGGUAGUAAGGAGGUUUAAGUUUGAAGAUCCACGGAUAGAACAAAUUCAAGACCUUGAGAAUGAUUUGAUGAAGUACUUCAGAGAGGAUUUGCAUAGACGGCUUCUAAGCACAGAUUUUAAGAAGAAAAUUGAUGGGCUUGAGAUGCUGCAAAAGGCACUCCCAUCGAUUGGCAAGGAAAUAGUUGAAGUUCUGGAUAUACCGCUGCAAUUGAAAUAGAGGACGCUGCAAUUGAAAUAGAGGACGCUGACAUCUAUUCUCUUGACAGAUUAGUGGGCAGUUAAAAUCCUUGCAGAUUGUUGCAAGCUUGACAGCAGAAAGAGAUGGUGAAAUUAGAAAAGCUGCUUUGAAUACUCUUGCCACUGGAUAUAAGAUUCUUGGUGAGGAUAUAUGGAGGUAUGUU